AUGGAAGUCGAGCUGAAAAAGUACAAGAGGUAUUACAGGGAUAUCAAGUUGUUGCUGGUCGUGUCCGGUAUAUGGCCAAACUUUUACCCAAUUUUGGACCGAGUGGUGUCGAUAGUGGCGGCGAUUUCGACACUACUGCUGACCAUGGCUCUGCUGAACUUUUGUGCCCAUCAUGUCGCCAAUAUCAUGAUUCUCACGAAGAGUAUGGGCAUCGCCAUUAGCUUCUUUUCUUCUUUCUUGAAGAUCUGCAUCUUCCUAUCUCAUCACGACGACCUCGUCUACCUCAACGAUUACCUGACCUCUAGCCAUACUUCGGAUCUUUCGAAUCCGGACGACCGGUCCCAUCUCCUGGAAAAGUUCUCCUCCUUCUCGAAGUUCUUCUACACCUUGACCAUCGCCGUCGCGCUGACCUUCGUCCUCAACACGAUCGCGCCUUUCUUUGCUUUGAAACGGGGCAAGUACUUGCACAUCUACCCCGUGAUCUUCCCGUUCGAUUACGAGCCCGGUGGCUCGGUCUACUGGUCGCUCAUCAGCCUCGAGCUCACCGCUGGCUUCUUCGUCUGGUCUGUGACCAGCGGGGUGGAUUCCGUUUUCGGGCUCUACGCUCUACAGAUGUGCGGAGAGCUGAGGGUGUUGGCCAAGAGGUUCGAGGAACUGAGGGCUACGGGAGAUUACAGGAUGAGGAUGAGGGAGUGCAUGGACAGGCACCAUCUGCUGAUGAGGUCGAGGGAUAUCCUGGAGAAGGUCUUUGGAUUCCUGGCCAUCUGGCUGGCCGUCACCAGUGCUCUCGUGCAGUGCUCGCUUGUGUUUCAGGCUAAAGUGGAAUUCAAAACCCUCAGUCCGUUCAAGAUCGGCUUCUUCUUCUUCUACAUACUCAUGAAGCUCGUGCAAGCUUUCACCUACGCCUGGUAUGGAAAUCUCAUCGCGGAGGAGAGCGCUUUAUGCCUCAACGCGAUGUACAACGCUCACUGGCCCGGAUCCGGUGACGUCAGGUUCAUGAACGACGUGCUGAUCGUCCUCUCGCAGAAGCCGCUGAUAUUCAAGGCGAAGAGUUGCAUGUCCUUGCACAUGGACGUCUUCACGAAGAUCAUGAACACCGCGGUGUCUUACUUUUUUCUCCUGCAAACCUUGGACGAAGGAUCAGUCAGACACUUAUAG